AUGGCAAUUUCACAAUGCUUGUCGUCAACUAUAAAGAUUUUCACAUCAGAGGAACUAAAGAAGGCUACCAACAAUUAUGAUGAGAACUUAAUACUUGGAAGAGGAGGUUACGGUACAGUUUUCAAAGGUUUUCUUGAUGAUAAUAGAAUUGUGGCAAUCAAGAAGUCUAAAAUAGUUGAUCAGAGCCAAACAGAGCAGUUCAUCAAUGAGGUGAUUGUUCUAUCUCAAAUCACACGUCUAAGGAUAGCAGCAGAGGCAGCUAGUGCUCUAUCUUAUCUACACUCAGCAGCAUCUAUACCCAUUAUCCAUAGAGAUGUCAAGAGUGCAAAUAUUCUCUUAGAUGACAAUUACACUGCAAAAGUUUCCGAUUUCGGAGCUUCAAGAUUGGUUCCACUAGAUCAAGAAGCGUUGGCCACCAUGGUGCAAGGAACUGUUGGAUACUUGGAUCCAGAAUACAUGCAAAUGAGUCAACUAACUGAGAAAAGUGAUGUGUAUAGUUUUGGAGUCGUAGUUGUAGAACUUCUAAAAAGCGAAAAACCUCUUUCUUUUGAUAGGACGGAAGAAAAGAGAAGUCUUGCUCUUUACUUUCUGUCUUAUCUAAAAGAGGAUCGCUUGUUUGAAGUCAUUCGAGUCAACCUUUUGAGUGAAGAAAACAAGCAAGAGAUUGAAGAGGUUGUUUUUCUUGCAGCAAAAUGUUUGAGACUUAAUGGGGAUGAGAGACCAAGUAUGAAGGAAGUGGCAAUGGAAUUGGAGGGAUUACAGUUAAUGCAAAAACACCCUUGGAUCAAUGGGAACAAAAAUUUGGAAGAGACUUGUUACUUGCUUCCCAGUUCAUCAUCCAAAACAUGUGAAUAUGGUGAUAGUAGUUGCCAUAAAAAUGCUGGGUAUGAUAGCAUCAGAGAUCAAGUACUAAUUUCUUUUGAUGAUGGAAGAUGA